AUGUUUCGUGUACGGAGUUUGACUCUCCUCCAUCAUGGUAGAGUCCAGUCCGCCCCUCAAGGCUUCCUUUUCCAACUGAAGUAGCAGCCAUGAGCAUGCUCAGGCUCCAGAAGAGGCUGGCCUCCAGCGUCCUGCGCUGCGGCAAGAAGAAGGUCUGGCUGGACCCUAACGAGACGAAUGAGAUCGCCAACGCCAACUCUCGUCAGCAGAUCCGUAAACUGGUGAAGGAUGGUCUUAUCAUUCGCAAACCUGUAACAGUCCACUCCCGUGCCCGCUGCCGCAAGAACACGCUGGCACGUCGCAAGGGAAGACACAUGGGAGUUGGUAAGAGAAAGGGUACAGCCAACGCUCGUAUGCCAGAGAAGUUGUGCUGGAUGCGCCGCAUGAGGAUCCUGCGUCGUCUGCUGCGUCGCUACAGGGAGGCCAAGAAGAUCGACAGGCACAUGUACCACAGCCUCUACCUGAGAGCCAAGGGUAACGUGUUCAAGAAUAAGCGCAUUCUUAUGGAACACAUUCACAAGCUGAAGGCAGACAAAGCUCGCAAGAAGCUCCUGUCUGAUCAGGCCGAGGCCCGUCGCUCCAAGACAAAGGAGGCCCGCAAGCGCAGAGAAGAGCGUCUCCAGGCCAAGAAGGAGGAGUUCAUCAAGACCUUGGCCAAGGAGGAGGAGACCAAGAAGUGAUCUGGUUCUGUCAAUCCUGCCUGACCCUGCCACCUGUCAAGCGCUGACAAUAAAAGUGUACAUAAAGACA